AUGUUCCGCGUCGGCUUUGCGUCCGUUCACCCCUUCGCGUCUGCGCGCGCCUUCACGGCGCCGACGAGCGCCCUUCGCUCGCAGGCGACUCGUCAGCUCGCUUUACAGCGGUCAUUUGGCACCUUCAAGCGCCCUCAGAAUGUUAACCAGAAGGCCACGGAGCUGAAGGACCGCUUCUCGACCGCGUUCAGCGCUGCAUUCCGGAGAACGUACUACCGCGAGCCGCCUGUCGUGCAGAGGGCUCAGCCCUUCGACUGGAAGCGGUUUGGGAUGACUGCCGUGCCUGUCGCUGGUGCCACUGUACUCCUCGAUGCUCUGAUCAACGGUCAAGCUGGCAACAGCCUCUCCGCCGUCGAGAGGGACUACUUGAAGGAGACCUUCAUCUACACAGGGGGAGGGCUCACCCUCACUGCCAUGGCUGCACGCGCUCUCUUCACCUCAGGAGCUGCGUUCCGCAUCAUGGCAGCCAACCCAUGGUUGGUCAUGGGUGUUUCGCUCGUCGGCAGCAUCGGGACCAUGAUGGGGGUGUACUACACCGACCCAUCUAACUCGGCUGUCAAGCACUUAUGCUGGCUUGGCUUCAACGGGUUCCAAGCAGCGACUCUUAGCCCGCUGUACUUCAUGAACCCCGCCAUUCUUUCGCGCGCCGCCCUCUACACCGUGGGUCUGGUCGGUGGUCUUUCGUACGUCGGUGCGACGGCGAAGAACGACACCUUCCUUUACCUCGGUGGUCCUCUGCUCGGCGGCCUUUGCAUCGUCGCUCUUAGCAGCCUCGCACCCAUGAUCCUUCCUCUUGGUGUGCGCGGACUCGCUGUCACUGAGGCCGUCUCCCUUUAUGGUGGUCUCGCUGUCUUCGGUGGCAUGGUCCUCUACGACACGCAGAAGAUCCGCCAGCACGCCAAGAUGGCUGAGGCGGGUGUCAUGAAGAGGGAUCCCCUCCGCGAGAGCAUUGCACUCGAGCUCGACAUGAUCAACAUCUUCAUCCGUUUGGUCCAGAUCCUGGCGAACAACCAGAACAAUCGCCGUUAA